UGUCAGAGCACUUUGACGUCCAUUAUUAUUAGAUAACAAAUUUAAAAAUCGCCUUUAAAAUUUGUUUUUGAAUUCAAAAUUCUAAAACCAUGUUCAAUCCCAAAAUACGAGACAUUGGAUACUUCGUGCUGCUGACAUCCCUGCACUUGGGCUCAAAUCUUCAGCCUGUCAUCGAGGCGUAUGCCAAUUUGAAGUCGGUCUAUCCCUCGGUGGAUCGUAAUCUAACACUCCAAUUGGGCUAUAAAUAUAAUCACUGGAUGCUGUUCAAGGCCAUAAUGUAUUCCCUACUAACCAUGAUCGGAGUUUGGUACUGCCGGCACUUGCAAAGUAUGAAAAGUGUGGUCUCAGUGGAUGGGAAGGGUAUCCUUAAAACUAAGGCCACAGCUGCCGAGCAAGUCAAAAACAAUUGGAUCAGUAAACAGAAUUCCAGUAUACCAUUUCCGGGUAACAUAUUCCUCAUAUUUGCUUUGCCCUGGAUAUUGACCUCUGUGGCCAGCGGAUUGAUCAACUAUAUUCGAUUUUAUAUGGUGAUUCGGCAUUUCUGCAUAUCUAAUUGGAGGGCUAUUCAGCUUUAUGGAGAACUGCAAGGCCUUUUUUGGCAUCGUUUUGCAUCAGUGGCUUUAAUACCCUAUUGGUCGCAAAUUAUCCACGGAGGAGUAUCCUUGGAGAAGGCGUCACAUCUAUCUGGAAAUUUUAUUUCCAUUGAAACGCAUCUGUUGGACUGAGCAUGGCAAUCUUUAUUUACAUUUUGUAUUUUAUGUUUGAAACCAAAAUUAAAAAUACAGAAAAUAAAUC